AUGGGGAAGGAGAAGACGCACAUCAAUCUCAUUGUUAUCGGUCACGUCGAUUCUGGUAAAUCGACUUCCACGGGCCAUCUUAUUUACAAAUGUGGUGGGAUUGACAAAAGAACUAUUGAGAAAUUUGAGAAAGAGGCGGCUGAGAUGGGCAAGUCCUCUUUCAAGUACGCGUGGGUGCUUGAUAAGCUCAAGGCUGAGCGUGAGCGUGGUAUCACCAUCGACAUCGCCCUCUGGAAGUUCGAGACUCCGAAGUACCUCGUUACCAUCAUCGACGCGCCCGGUCAUCGUGACUUUAUUAAGAACAUGAUUACGGGCACCAGCCAGGCGGACUGCGCAAUUCUGGUUGUUGCUGCUGGUACUGGUGAGUUCGAGGCAGGUAUUAGUAAGAAUGGUCAAACGCGCGAGCAUGCGCUUCUCGCCUUCACUCUGGGUGUGAAGAAGCUCAUCAUUGCGGUCAACAAAAUGGAUGCAGUUGAUUACAGUGAAAAGCGCUUCCAGGAGAUUAGUUCCGAAAUGAAGGCGUACAUUAAGAAGGUGGGAUACAACCCCGAUACUGUAAAUAUCGUCCCAAUCUCCGGUUGGGUCGGCGACAACAUGCUGGAGCCCAGUCCUAACAUGCCUUGGUAUAAGGGGCCCACGCUUCUUGCCAGUAUCGAUCUUGUCGAGCCUCCAACUCGUCCCGUGGACAAGCCCCUUCGACUUCCUCUUCAGGAUGUGUUUAAAAUUAGCGGUAUUGGUACUGUUCCCGUCGGCCGUGUCGAGACUGGCAUAAUGAAGCCGGGUAUGAUCGUCACAUUUGCUCCUGUCGGCAUUUCAACCGAAGUGAAAUCAAUCGAAAUGCACCAUGAAGCCCUAUCCGAGGCCGUCCCCGGAGACAACGUUGGCUUCAACGUGAAAAAUAUCUCUGUAAAGGACGUUCGUCGCGGUAACGUGGCUGGUGACUCAAAGAAUCACCCUCCUCGCGAGGCUGCAGAGUUCACCGCCCAAGUUAUCGUCCUCAAUCAUCCUGGCGAGAUUGGUGCCGGCUACACUCCCGUUCUGGACUGUCAUACUGCUCACAUCGCCUGUAAGUUUGCCGAACUUAAGGAGAAAAUCGAUCGCCGUACUGGUCAGGUCAAGGAGACUAACCCUGCGAAGAUCAAAUCCGGUGAUGCGGCCAUCGUUAGAAUGGUGCCCAGCAAACCAAUGUGUGUUGAGGUGUUCUCGGAGUUCCCGCCUCUGGGUCGCUUUGCUGUUCGUGACAUGAGAUCGACUGUCGCUGUAGGCGUGAUCAAGGCUGUAACCUUCAAGGAUAAGGAAGCCAAGGCCACAAAAUCUGCCCAGAAGGCCGCCAAGGCCAAAAAAUAA